AUGGGCUUUGGCGGUAUGCUGGACGACUUUUUGCAAUAUAUGGGAGGCUUUCGCCAUAUAACAGUGCAGGAGUAUUUGCAGGGAUGUGAUGGCCUUGAUACUAGCCAAAAGAGUGGAGAAGAGGAGGAAACCUGUAAUUCUUCAGUGCACUCUCUGGCUAGUAAGAAUGCUUCUCUGCUCCUUGAGCAACCCCAGAGCUCUUCGGUUCUGUGCGGUGUGCCACUGGCGUGCAUUGUCUUCUACGACCCACAUGAAAGAAGAAAACGUGGAUUGGACAAGGCUUCAAUGGAGACCUGUUUUGCAAUUGUCGACAAUGCUGUUAACACUACUUCUAUUAUGUGCGCACGUCUUUCUUGGAGACUGCUGUCAGUGUGCCUGGAAGGACUGCGCUUCUUUCUUGCCAAUACGUUGAAACUUUUCCACGCAGAGGAGAUCUCAAUCGAUCUGCAAAUGGAUGUCGAAAGGCUUGGGCGUUAUCUUGUCAAAAAAGGCCUUUCUGUGGACGAAAUAGUUUGCUUAUUGCCUAUGAAAUGGCUUUCGGACAUAAUCCGUACAAUGGGUUAA